AUGUCAAACGACCAUGUUGGCGCACAACCAAACGGCGUCUCCCGGAGGUCCUCUGGCCAGGUUCACUCUUGGGACCACCGUACUCCCACAUCUUCGUCGCCUGCAUCUGGCUCGAGAGAACGAUCACCCUCCGAUACCGCCACCUCUCCCUUCCCUUUAAAUGAUAUCGACUAUGAGUCCAGUCCGGCAGGCCUGGCGCAGGAGCUGAGCAAUCUACAAGCCUUGAGACGCAUGUCAAUGCACAUGGGCGCCACCGAUGAUCCGGAUCUUCCACAACUGAGUCCAGCUGGAAUGCCCAGUGCCCCAUCUCCGACUUCCAGCGAAGACGAUUCCUCAAGAUUAUUCUGGGUGCCGGCUCGAUUGCACCCGGAACUUGCUCCGAAAGAAUUCAAGACCUUUUUGGAGAGCAAGGCGGAGCAAAUCAGAAGGAGAUCUGGCGAACUAUCCGCUUUUGCAAGCCCCUCGUCCUCCCGAUCUUCCUCCUUGAGUGCUGAAGGAGGAAGCUCUGGCUUGCGCAGGAAGAAGUCUAUGCUCUCUCGUCAGAUUGAUAGCUCUGUGGGAUAUCAAGAUGGUGCCGACCGGUUAGAGAGGAAGAGAUCACUGUCGCGCCGGACUGGCCCUCAGGACCCAAACCUGCAAGAGCUGGAAACGUUGGUCGCAAAUACGCCGGGGUUGGCAAAGCAGAGUAUAGAGCCUUCCUCAGAAGAUGAUGCCCCAGAUAUCAUACUUCCGUCAGUCCCAGGAAACAGCCUCAAAAGGUCCACCAGAACAACUUACAGACGAGGCGGGAGUGUGAAGGGAAGGGGGGACCGCGGCACCUAUGCUCAACGUGCCGCGAGAAGGGCUGCGGCUGGGAGCCCCUCAAGCAGCAGACCUGAGUCGCCCGACUCCAGCGUUCCGUCCAUCCCUCCGCUGCCGAAUCUAUCUAUCGAGGGCCCCAGCAUUGCGCAGACCUUCAAGGACGCGUCGAGCACAGCGAAUGCCGCAAGAACGGCCCCUACAAACUUCUCCCGACCUGCAAACUCGACCUCCAGCAGCGGAAGUUCUUCUGUGCCCACAACAUUUGAUUACACAUUCGGCAAUGACGACGACACGAAAAGACCGACCCCAGCUGGAAUACCUGAGUCGCGAAAAUCGCCACCCCCUCCGAAAUCACCUCCAUCUAUGAGCAUUUCGUUCGACCGAAAACCUGUGCCACAGAUUAUCGAGACGCCGCCUCCCGCAGAAACUUCUCCGGUUUCUGUCCAACCCCCACGCUCCUCUUCGAUGACGCCCCCACCUGUGCAACAACAACAGGCAGUACGGCAUCCUGAGAGAGUGUCUUCCCGAGAUGAUAGCCGGACACGAGCGAUUUCUCCGCAAAGGCCAUCAAUGCCUUCCAGAGGUUCCCUACCAAUAAUUACGCCACGAAUUACAUCUCCCGCAAACCAGAUUCCGCAACAGUCAAAGCCCCCUCAAAGUCUUGAACAGCCAUCUCCGUUACCUGGGAAUGACACGAAUACGAGCAACUUGUCAUUCAUACCGACCCUCACUGUGGACAAGAGAGCCGAUCAUAAAAAGAAGGAGGAGACCAAAAAGUCGAGCUGGAGUUGGUUGCUGGGCAAAGAAGAUGGAGAUAAGGAUAAAUCAGAGAAACCGAAGGCGAAAAUCUCGAAACCUCCACAGCAACAUGACAAUACUCGACUUGAUGUGCUCCAAACGUCCAUCGAUGGCGGCGUCAGGGGGCGUGAAAGCUUUGUACUGGAUCGGGAACACCUGAAGCUCGAUGAAGAACGCAGAAAGGAGAGCCAACGGAAAGGGUCCGGCAGUGACAAGAAGGAGAAAGAAGGGCUUUUCUCUUCGAUAUUCGGCGGGAAGAAGAGCAAGGGUGAGAAAGACAGCAGCUCCAAGAAACAUCGCGACCGUGGCCUGUCGCCCGAGCCGCCGUACCGAGAAUUGAAACCCGACAUCGACUAUAAUUGGACCCGAUUUUCGAUUCUGGAAGAAAGGGCCAUUUACCGCAUGGCGCACAUCAAACUGGCCAACCCUCGUCGAGCCCUGUACUCGCAGGUGCUCCUCAGUAAUUUCAUGUACAGUUAUCUGGCUAAGGUCCAGCAAAUGCACCCACAAAUGAAUCUCCCGACGAGUGCCAAACAGCAGCGGAAACAGCAACAGAAAGACCAGCAGCAGCAGCAACAGCAACAGCAGCAACAGCAGCCGGACGAAUAUGUCCAAUAUCAGCGGUAUCAACAACAACAGGCUCAACAACAACAGCCAUAUCAGGGCGAUCAGUCAUAUGGUCCCCAGCAGGAAUUUGCAGCCGAUACGUCUAAUUACGAUUAUGAUGCUGGCGGUUCAAGGCCAAGUUCAAGGGGAAGCAAGCACUCGGUAGAAGGUAAUGGCUCAGCAUAUGGGGGCGGCGGCGGUACAUAUAAUCAGUACUAUCACAACAAUCAACUACAAGAGCAGUUACACCAGGGGAAUUCGCGACACAGCGGAUCCCAGCUGGACGAUGAUGACGAUGACAUGUGGUAA